UUUCUCCUUCGUUCUCUUUCGCUCUUUCUUUCUCUCUCAUUCAAGUUCUCAUGGCAAUCGAGAGAGAGCUGACGAAGAGAGAGAACCCAAGAGCUCCAAGACGCGACCCCAAGGAACCCUCGAACACCAUGGUCGAUACCAGGCGCAGCGCCUCCGCCAACAAGUGGCCUCUCUCCUCGCCCCAAAACUCGUCCUCUUCCUGGAGCAAGUGCUCCAAGGUUGCGGAGGGUAAUUUGCCCGAGAAAGCUGAUGUGGGGGCAAAAUCCGGGUCGGAAUCUCGAGAUUUCGGGCUCAGAUCCUCUGAUCGGCGGGGCUCGGGUGCGGAGAAGGCUGUGGAUGCGUGCGAGGCGGAGAAAUCGCCGCAGCCGUCGGGUGAAAUUGCAAUAGAUGGUGAGAAACAAAACUGGCAGAAAACAAAGGCUAAAGGAAGCUGAUCGGGCCAUUGUCGGGUCACUCGGGAGCUGUGAAUUGCGUGAGCUAGAACCCAGCAAACCACCACAUGUUAGCGUCAGCCAGUGAAAACCAUACGAUCCAGAUAUGGGGCUUUAAUGAGCUAAACACGAGGCGCAAGGGUGCACGCUCCAAUGGUGUCCACUACUAUAAUGGCAAUGGCACUAGCCGAAGAAGAAGGAGAAAGAUGCAUGGCCCGUCAGUUGCUGAUAUUGCUUUCUUAGCCAUUGCUUUGGUGUAAAUAUUCUUAUGUUCAUC